UUUCACAGAAGUUUGAUUUACUUGGAGUUAUAUUGUGUUGUUUAAGUGUUCCCUUUAUUUUUUUGAGCAGUGUAUAUUGUCUCUCUCCACCACCGUCAUAUCUCCAGUUCAUAGAAUAGGUCAAUGCAUAUAUCCAAGAAAAUCUAAACUGAAUAUCACUUGAAUAUCACAUGUGCUCUGGCUGCUGGGGUGAUUCAGUGCCUCCCAAAGACUUUGUGUUCUCUUACUGACUGACUGAUCACUUUUGCUGAAAUACACAUGCACAGCUAUGGAUGACAAGUAUCUGUGCUCCCGAGAAGAGAUGUAAUCUUAGGGUAGCUGAUGUUGUGUCUCCUUCCUGUAAAUAUUACUGUAAAGGGAAGUGAUAAGACAUACCAUGGCAUUAAUAUGUGUCAAUAUUUGUAGUGAUGGCAUGUCAGCUCUCAGCCUCAUCCAACAUCACUACCUCAGUGAUAGCUUGGCAUCUACAGGCAUUUGUCCAACAUUGCUACCAAAGCUUUGUAGUGAGGUGCGUGAGUGAUUCACAAAUCAUGUUCAUGAGGCCCACCAUCAGAGUGGUCAGUUGUACACAAAUCACAAGAAACCAUGCUAGAACCAUGCUGUGAGUAGUCCAGUGUUAUGUGUAAAUACUUUUCUGUGGUACCUUAAUUUAAAUCUGCGCUCUACAGUUUAAGGCUCUGUGGAUACAGGGUUGAAUCCCUGACCAGGCAGAGGAACAAGAAGGUCUGAGUUAUGUUUGAAGUUCUAAAGAUACGUCAGUCUCAAACUUCCAGUUGUUGAAAUGCCAUUAAUGAUUCUACAUUGCCGAUGGUGGUGCAGCAAAACCUGGACUGCCUGGUCUCGCUGUUAGCCGUCUGUAUGUGGUUGUUCUUAUUUCAGCUACAUGUUUAAGCACAAUAGUUUACGCCUUUCUGUUUCACUAUCCUAUCCAUAUGAGGAGGUAUGCAGACUAGACACUCACAUAUGCAUUAUUAAUUGGCUAAGAUCAAAGAAUGAAGUGAGGCAAACAGUUGUUGACCUUCAUAAAUCAGGCAGUGACUACAAGACAUGCUAAUGUUUCAGGUGACAUGCUUCACAUCUCCUGUUGUUUUUCUUUGUCUUAAUGGUAGAGACUGAAAUGCUCAGUUGUGGGGACAGAUGUUUAUGUGUGGGAACAAGGCCUCUUUCUCAUUUAGUGAUUCAGUUCAUUCCACAAGUACAGGAAGUGGCUGAGGUCGGGGCCCUGUGCAGGUCAGUCAGAGCGGUCUUUAUGGAGCUUGCUUUGUGCGCAGGAAACAGUCAUAACAAAUAUGUUGACACAAAGUUUGAAGUAUAUAUUUGUUGUUUCUAUGCACGUGUCCCAGACUGUUAUUUGUCCUUCAUCAAACUUUAGUCUUGGCAGAGCGUAUUCAGUGAAGAAGCAUUUUACUGGCUAGCGCCAAAUCCAGAUUUGUCCAUCGGACUGUCGGCUGGUUAGGCAAUGAUUCAUCAUACCAGAAAACAAUGUGUACUGCUCCAGUUGCAGUGUGAUUUAUGGCAGUCCAUCUGACGCUUAAUAUUGUGUAGAUCCUAGACCCUAUUUACACCUGGUCACUUCAUGCACCUUGAGUAUCAGAAUCAUAUCUGGAUCAAACUACAUAAAUAUGCAAGUAGUAUAUCCAAGACACAUUCAACAGCCCCCCAUGUACAACCAGAACACCAGUUAUAAUGGCCUCACAAUGAGGCAAUAUACAUAUUCUGCCCCACACAGUGACUGGAUUCCAGUCUACAUAACUGGAGAUGCAUGUCACUUCCCCGUGUACAUGCAUGUGACUAAAACCACAUUUUUUAGGCUCUGUGGAUACAGGGUUGAGUCCCUGACCAGGCAGAGGAACAAGAAGGUCUGAGUUAUGUUUGAAGUUCUAAUAAAGAUCCAUGUCUAUCCUGAUCAGGAUACAGUCCAGAUGCUAAUUACAUGAAGUGGCUUGGUGUAAACAGGUCCAUUUGAUUGUGUGUGGGUGAUCUAUUAGCUUAUCGUGUAAAUCUAUUCUAUGAAUCUCCCUGUGACCGCACCUGCUGACACUUCUCAACGCCAAACUAGUUCUCUUCCCUACUUUAAUAUAAACCCACUGCUGGUCGUUCUGGUCGUGAAAGGUUUUGGUGCAUUAACUGUUUGUUUUGAGUAUAGAAACAGUAGUAAGUGUAAAAAGUGUACAUAUACUAUUUAACAACAGUUCAGUCUACUUUAAAAUCUGUAAUAAUAUUUAAAGGGCAGGAGUUUCUGUAAAGGCCUGUUGGUUUCUAUGUUAAGCGUCUCCUGUUCUCUUCUCAGUACAGAUAAACGUGAUGUAAUGAUUGUGUAGUAGACACUGGCAGUAAAGAUUCUGCAGUACGGCUUUAAGGUCAGUAAUUCUCAGUGUGAGGGGUGAACAGUACACAAGGCCUACAGUCACUCUGUUUCAGAAUGGAUCGUUUUAUAACGCGAUUAAAGAAACUUCGUGAGCAUCACAAGAAGCAGGAGGAGAAGUAUCAGCACAUCCUCAACCAGCAGGAAAAGGAGCAGCAGAAGACUUUAGAGCUGCUGAACAAGAGCAUGGAGAACACAAAGCCUGUUGGCAGAGUGAGGCCAAACAAGAAGGCUGAGCAGGAAGAGAGUGACGACUCCAUUAAUUUGUCUGAAGAGGAUCUGGUGUCAUCACAUUCGGAAUAUGAACCUGAUGGCAGCGAGUCUGACUCUGAAAGUUGUCUCUCCCUUUCAACCCAGCUGUCUUCCAGCUCGGUCCUGUCCAAGGAAGUUGAAAACGGAACCAGCCAUAUGAGAGGGUCAGACUGCCUCCGCCAAUUUUCAUUGGAAUGCCAGGCCAAACAUCCAGAGUGUUUAAGAUCCACCAGAUUAAGGAAGCACAUAGCCACUCUUUGCCAAAUGAUGAACUUGAAAAAUUCAGAAAUGGAUCAGGUGGCAAAGUUCAUGGGUCACGAUAUACGUGUCCACCGUGAAUAUUACAGACUCUCUGAAAACACCAUUCAGCUUGCUAAAAUUAGCAAACUGUUGAUUGCCAUAGAGAAAGGAAAUCACACUUAUCUGGGACGGUCUCUAGAGGAGCUGGAGCUGGAUGGAGACACUCUGGAUGGUGAAAAAUCAGAUGGUGAAUGUCCGCCAGGCGAAAAGAAGCAAAAGACAUCCUCGAGAGCUCCAUCCCCUCAGGAUCAUUUGGAGACGGGUGUCGAGGGUUCUUGUGGAGAACAACAAUCAGAUGGUGAAUGUCUGCCAGGCAAAAAGAAGGAAAAGAGGUCCUCAAAGGCUUCAUCCCCGAAAGAUAAGUUAGCAACAUGUGAAGAGGAUUCUUGUGGAGAAGAAAAAUCAAACCGUGAAUGUUCGCCAGUCAAAAAGAAGCAAAAGAUGUCCUCUGGAGCGUCAUCCCAAGAAGAUCAUUUGGAGACAAGUGACAAGGAUACUUCUGCAGAACAACAAUCAGAGAACGUUCGUUCCCCUGUCCGAAAGAAGAGGCCUUCCUCCAGGACUCAAAAUGCAGACCUUGUUGAAGAUGUAGAGACAAGAAAAUCAGAUCGUAAACACACAGUCCAGCCCAGGCGACCAUGGACCGACAGAGAGAAGGAGGCAGUGUGGCGUCACCUGACAAAGUAUCGUGCCCUAAAGAAUGUUCCAGGAAAAGCGGACUGCCUUCGGUGCAUCCAAGCAGAGCUUGCUUUGAAGACAAGAACAUGGAAAGACAUCAAAAAUUUUGUUUACAAUAGUAUUACAACAGAAAAGCGAAAGGCUGCUUCUCUCAUUACAAAAACCUAGACAGUAGAUCUGUUUAAGGUACUUUGCACUUUACAGUACAGUUACAGUUCAGAUCAGUGCAGCUGCACACCACUGUUCCAGUUAACCCUGCAGCUCCACACUACAGUUCAGGUGACUGUACACUACUGUUAAUAUAAAACUACCUCUACACAACUGUUCAGGUGACUGUACACUACUGUUAAUGU